GCUAUCUAUCGGGUAAAACUUAUCAAGAAGUUUGAAAAAUCAGCCCUUCUAUCACCUGUCACCUGUCAUCUAUCAGCUGUCAGCUGUCACCUGUCAGUUGUGACGCGCCUGCGUGGAGAUGCGCCGGAUGUUUAUCCGGCAUUCGGAAAGAAAAAUCACGCAUGGGGAUCAGGAAUAUAAAUAAACCGACCGCGCAAAUUUGCGGCUUUCCGCAGAGCCUCGUCGGACACGUCGCCGCGUGUAAUCCCGGAGCAAUCGCAGAUCAGGAGGUCGGAGUACGGACGACGACACUUCGCAGGAGAGAUUCGCGCGCGUUGAUACAGUAAGAAAUGGCCGCCGUUUUGAGAAGAAAAUUUGGAGUUGUUCCGAGCGCUUUCGCCGGCAACGGGAAUCUGCCGCUGCUCGUGGCCGUAAGAUCUCUAACAAGGUCAUCGGAACGGAGAGACAUCAGCGAUGGAUGGAUAAGCAAGCUCCUGGUCAGGAAGAUCGAGCCUACGAAGGAGUCGCACUCGCGGAUGCUCUCUGACAAGGAAGUUAUUUAUGCUCUGCACACUCACAACAUUCGACCGGACUCGAUUGACAAAUAUUUGAAAAAUUAUGAGGAAAAUGUCAAUCUCAUACAUUCAAAGAAAUCUGAACUGAACUUGGAAUUAGUUGGUUCGUGGACAGUGGAAGUAGGAGAUUUGGAUCAGGCCUUACACUUGUGGCAAUACACGGGUGGAUACGAAUGUAUAGAUCAUGCACAGGCUGCGCUUUCUCAAGAUGAGUCUUAUCAUCGACUGCUCAGGGAACGAGGAAAUUACUUGAGAUCUCGCCAUUUGCAAUAUCUGUUGGCAUUCAGUUUUUGGCCACCGCUGGAAAAACGAAAGGGCCCGAACAAAUACGAAAUACGUAGUUACAGUUUAACACCGGGUACAAUGAUAGAAUGGGGAAACAAUUGGGCCAAAGCUAUUAAUUAUAGACGCAACAAUGAUGAACCAUUUGCUGGUUACUUUGCGCAAAUUGGUAGACUGUACAAUGUUCACCAUAUCUGGUGUUACAAAAAUCUCCAAUCACGUAAGGAAACGCGCGAAAGCGCGUGGAGAUCACCCGGCUGGGACGAAUGUGUUGCUUACACUGUUCCCUUAAUAAGGGAAAUGCAUUCGCGCAUAUUAAAUCCAACUUCGUUUUCGCCAACGCAAUAGAUUUUACGUGUACGAACGCAAAUGCAUUUGUAUAUUACCGGUUAUUUCUUAUACAUAAAUAUAUAUGCAUUGUAAUAUUGUAAAGACAUUUGUUACAUGUAUACAUGCUGUAGAUUUAAAUAGUAAUAUAAAUUGUAUGCGCAAUGUGUGAGAAGAGCUAAUUUUUGUUGUAUUAUUACAACUGGCAGGAUGUAGUUUGUUAAUGUUUGAAAUACAUUACAGCAAGAACAAUUUGUAUGUAUAUAUAUAUAUAUACUUAUAUACGUCAUAUUUUUAUCAAUGUCAGUUGAAGCACAAUGUGUAUAUGUAUAGACGGAUAUAUAAAGAAAUGAGAGAUCUUUA